AUACAACACACUGUUAGAAACUUAAAGAUAGAGUUCAACGAAGACAAUAUGAUAAUCAGUUUUUUGUUGAUUGUAUUGUCAAUUGUCAUCACAUCAGCAAAUAGUCAAUUGUUUUGCGACAAAAAAUAUCGAAACAAAUUGAUUGACGCCGUCUUUAAUUCGGACGACAACACUGUGUAUGCCUAUCGGCAACCGUCCAGUGUUUGGAUACUGAAGUUCAACACCAAAGAUAACCGAUGGGAACAAUACGGAAGCGAACAUAAGUUGAACGAAAUGUUUAGCGGUUUAAAGUCAGGACUCAUACCAUCAGCCGGACUCGUUAUMUGGACGUACACUAAAUGUGGUGAUGCAAACAAUUGCCUUAACGAUAAUUACUAUUUUACCGCAAAAGACAUAACCUUUUUGUUCAUUGAUUCCCAAUUUGCGACAUUCAAGAGACAAAGUGAAGACUUUUUUGUGGCCACUGAGCUCAACGAUCGGAUGUUGCCGUGGUAUCUGUCGCGUCAGUCGGACAGCUCUGAUGCCAACAAUCAAACCAACACUAUUUUUCCGCACUUUGAAAACACUAAAAUAAAAGGCGCUGUACUGACCAAAUCGGUUCGAGGAUAUCCCGAAGGAGCACUUAUUUUCAGUGAUUUAGAGAUCAUAGAGUAUCCCGUUGUCAACAUAAAGGUUAACUAUACGAUUAGAUCGACUAUUGAUCCUAACAUUGGCAUCUAUAAGACAACUCGUGGUACUGGAGGUAUAAGAAGAGCCAAUGAUAUCUUUUUCUUUCUUAAGAAUAACGUUUAUAAAUAUUAUGAUACGAGUCCUGUUUUAGUGGAUCAGUCCAAAACGUAUUGGGAUUUUUUUAAUUGUGAUAAGUCUUCAAACGGUAUUACAAGUACUUCUACUACUACUACCAUAAAACCAACGACACCAACAACUAAUAUGACCACUGAAUCAGUAGUUGUUGUCAGUUCAAGUACAAGUGAUUUAUCAACUAAUGUCACACAAACAACAGUAUCAACUGAAAACAUUACUUUAUUGCCAUUAAACUCAUCAACUGGUGGACAGUCAAUAAAUGAUACGACAAUAAUGUCCAGCGAAAACAAUACUAUAUAUACCGAUAGACAGACAUCACUGGAUUACGAAAGUAGAGCAACAAUAACAUCAACUCAGACAACAACAUCAUCAUCAUUGACCACAUCAUCUAUUUUUAUGAAUAUUAGUAUCGAUAAUGCUUUUCAUGAAGUUGUCAAAGAUAUGUCAGUAAUAUUGAUCUUAAUGGUGAUCAUCGUAUGUCUACUCAUAACCACUUGUGCUGUCUUUGGAUACAUAAGUUUAUCCGUAAAACUUUCAAAACCAAAAUUAUCUCAAAAUAACUCGAUUAAGCAAACAAACAGAUCGUUAGAGGCAUCGGUAGACUAUAAGGUGGUUAUAAUGCAAAACAAAUACGUAGCUUUCGGAGCACUCGGUGUAGUCGGACUGGUGCUGAUCGUGUCCGGUGCACUUGUAUUAGGACUGUUUCCACGUAUAUUGAAAAACAAAAUUAUAGAGGGUUCAUUAAUUGUUAACACCAGCCAAAACUUUAAAAACUGGAAGGAAGUGCCUCUACCGGCGCUCAUGAAGUUCUAUGUGUUUGUACUGAAAAACCCUCAGACGUAUACUAAUCUGGAAGACGUGGAACUGGAGGAACGCGGGCCCUGGGUUUUCGAGGAAUGGCGAAGCAAAGAACAGAUCAACUUCUUUACCGGACCACUCAAUGAAUCCCUUGUGUCUUAUCGGGAACGACGCAAAUAUAUAUUCAAACCCGAUUUGUCCAGCGGAACAUUUGACGAAAAUCUAACCUUUAUUAAUGCACCGAUGAUGAGUGUACUCUUCAAUCAGGUAAUGCCUGACGCGUCAAUGGCUUUUGAUUUAUUUAAAGACGAGUUGGACGACAACGAAAAGUCACUGUUCACUACACGAAAAGCCGGUGAUCUAUUGCUUGAUGGCGUCGACCUAAAACUGGCCAAACUUGUGGCUCCUUUAAUACCGCCUGACUUGGGAUUUGAAAUGAAAAAGUUUUCGGUAACAGGAGGACGCGACUACCUUAUCGAUCGGCUAACUGUUUAUACUGGUGUCGGUCGGACAGACAAAUUGGGACAAAUAUAUCAAUGGGAAGACAGUCGUGAGUUGCGCAACGGCGACAAAAAGAAGUCACCGAUCUGGCCAUACCACGACCCGAACGGCGAGUGUUUGCAAUUGCGCGGAACAGAUGGUACUUUUUUCGGUCCGGACGUAUCGGAAAACGACAAACUGUUCGCAUUUGAUCCAAGCGUUUGUCGAUCGGUAGCAGUAAUCUUUCAGAAGGAGAGUGAAGUUAAAGGUAUACCGACCUUACGGUUUGUGGCACCAAAUAAUUUUUUCGGUGCCGCUAAAUAUCAUAAGGAAAAUUCGUGUUAUUGUUUGCGCAAAGACGUCAACGAUUGUAACAUCGAAGGUGUUCUCGAAUUGUCUCAUUGUAUGCGUCAAACAGCCGGCGGACCACUUCUGCUUUCGUGGCCGUACUUCUUGAACGGUGACGAGUCGUUAAAGCGCAACAUUAAACUGCAGCCACCGAAAGACGUCACUUUCGACAAUUACGGCACUUUCAUCGACAUUGAACCCACAACGGGUGGACCAUUGAAUGCAAUUAAGAGAAUGCAAAUGAAUGUUCGGAUCGGAUACUCGGAUGCCAUUCCGUAA